CAGGUAUGGGAAAAUCUCUGUGUUCCUGCACAGCAUUUUAACAUUGUGAAUGAAUUGCCACCAAACUUCCACAUAGUCAUUCUGCAGCAUUCAGAAGAUGGAUCAAGCCUAUAUAGCGCAAUGAUUAAGAAGCCAAAAUUUAGCAGUGGACAACAGAAGGGAAAACCCAUUCAUCCAACAGUGCAGGCUAAAGUUUCUCGUAUUUCUGUGAAUCCUGACAUGCUCUUGAGUUUGUUGGAGAAAGUACGUCUUUACAAGCAGGAAAGGAUGAAUAGUUUCCUUAAACAGGAGUUGCUGAAAAAAUUGCAUACUGGGAAGGCUUAUUUUCAGAAUUGGCAAGAAAGUUCUCCUGAACUAGAAACGGAUCUAACAGAAAAGAUAAAUGAAAAUGAGAGAGAACUUACCUCAGAUUUCUGUGAAAUUUUAAAAAACCUGGAAGAAUAUUUGCAGCCAGUGCUGUCACAGUUUGAUAGUUCUGAUUUUAGAGAGCAGAGCCAAACAGCUUCACCAUCUGAGUCAGGAAAAACAAAAGCCAAGGAUAAGGAGAUGAAACAUACUGCACCAGAGGAUACACCUAUGGAUUUAGGAGAGUAUUUAAUAUUACUAGCAGACAAAUUACUUAUGGAGCUACCUUUGGAAGCUCUGAGUAUCUUUCAAGAGGAGGCAAUAUGUUCUGUAUCCAGAGACUUUUCUCUCCAACUUCUGUACAAUCGAAUACAUAUAGAGGAACCAGAGAAUGAAGUAAAAAAAGAUGUUAAAAGUUCAAAGGAGCCAAAGCCAAAAGCAAAUCAGAAAAAGAGCAUAAAAAUAGUGCCAAUUAAUCGUGUUUUACCUUCUAAUUGCAUGCCUGUGGAUAUGAAUAAUUUUAAAUAUAUUGUGGAUCCAUAUAAUGAAACGAAAGAAACAGAAGCAAUAAGUCCUUCUAAAAAAAUAAGGGAAAUCCUACAAAAAUACCAGGAGCAAUUUACGUCUCAUUGGGAAGGUGUUAUUGGAAGCAUUCAUGUUCCAAGUCAAGCUGAAUGGGAGCAGCUACUGAGUAAAAGCAGUGCAUUUCUGUUCUAUGGGAUGGAGAGAUUCUUAUCUCAUAUUUUACUUGACAGAUUGGUUGCUGUGAAUAUCCCAGAGUGCCGGUUGAUGAUACUUUUAGAUCUGAUGCGGUCAACUCAGAGUUGUCAACGACUGACAAAGACUGAUACAUACAAAAGCUCUCGACAGAAGUCUUUAGAGAGACCAACAGAGACAGCAAUCCUUCUGAGCCUUGCUGGUGUGCGUUCCAUCAUGGCUAACCAGUGGUACGCUACCCUGGAAGGGAAUGCAGAAAACCUGGAAACUUUAUCUGAGAAUUUGUUACGAAUUGGAAAAUCAACUGGGCAGACCAUUCGGAUUCUUCAGAAAGAUAAGAGUAGAGAGAAGGUACCACCAAUUAAUGUGGAAGAGGAUUAUGGGAUUUCUUCUAGAAACAGAAUAGAAGACCAAAUCAUUCCCAAUCAGUCACAACCUCUUGCAAUUCAGCCAUCAUCUUUUAAUUGUGUAUUAUAUGGGCUACCCAAUCUAAUUGUUAUGUAAUUCAUGCCAGGUUUCCUUGUUUAACAGGGAACCCAUCUACAAUAUAUACAUUUAUUUACUUUGUCUUGAAGGCUGGUCUUUUAGUCAGUUAUCUUAAGUCAUUUUUGUGUGGAUUAAUAAGAAUUGAAUUUUUGAAUAUCCAAGGUUUGCUGGCAGAUUGAUUUGGUUGUGAAUUUAAAUACUGAUAUUCAAAUAAGUUUCAUGAAAAUAUCUAAGUUUUUUGUCAGAAUUUUGUCUUGCUCUGUUCUUGUGAUGUUGGUGAAAGUCUUUAAAACAAUUUUAGAAGUUUA